UUAUUAACUUCCAUCUCUAAUUCUGCCCCAAUGCGUUGCGACUGCUUGAGCAAAAUGAAACCCAUGCACAGCUGCGUGUUUAAAUGAAGGUCCGCUUCAUACCCUGGUCUUGAGCAUCGUCUGUCACUGUUUCAGCAAGCGUGGGUAUCUGACCUCUGGAAUAGUUUAUAUAACUUUAUACUGCAAGUUUCUAAAAGCUUUUUUCCUUUUUUGAUAAAAAUGUGUGUGUGUGUGUUUUCCCCCCCUUAGAGAAAGAAGUGGAACUGCAUCUCCAGGGAGGAAUGUGUGGGCGGCUUUAAAUUCAACCAUUAGCGUUUGGGAAAGUUAAUACUGCAGAAACCAAGAAAGUAAUGACAAAACCUGCAUAUUUGUUUUUACUUGACGUAACGCAUUGCUAACUCUCUUACAUCUCACCAGCAAUCUCCCCUCCCUUCUCUUUGCUCCCCCCUCUUCACCCUCUCUCUUUCACAACACGAAACGUUUGUAAAAACCGGCAAGUAUUUUCAAAACUGAAGUAUUCUUUAAGUGCAUUUAAAGCAUGUGCAGGUUAAUCUAAUAUCGGUAAAUGUUUUAAUUGCAGUGGCUAAGGUGGAUUCCCACCAGCACAGAAGGGUAACGUUGGGCUCCGUCCCCUGCAGGGUGGUUUCACGGCGUGUGAUGUCAGGACUGACGCCCCGCCUGAAGCGCACUCUGAGCCGGCCACUGAGUCACGGAAGGUUCGGUAGCAGCCAGGGAGCGCUGAAAAACCACAGUGGGAUCACACACGCAGAGAAAGGCAAGCAGAGGCGUAAAAUACCGUUCAAUACUGGACUUUGGAUCUUGGAUGUGAAGAAACACAGCGGAAAGGGGCUCGAGUUACCUGGACCACGGAGCUGAACAAACAAACCAGAGCGGCACCUUGGAGGACUCCUUGGAGAAGCCAAUCGGAGCUUGAGGAAGAGCGCACGAAACAACUGAAAUGAAUAACGGGAAUAAAGAACUGAAGGAAAACUGCAGGAUUUGAACACAGAUUAUUUAGGAAAAGACAAAACUAGUUUAUUUCCUUUUCUUAUCGACAGCAGUGUAAUGAGAAAAUAACGAGGAAGGGAACAAGCCUCAGAACCACGUUCAGUUAUUAGAAAUUUAGAAGUUGUGGGAUUGCUUUCAAUGGUGUUAUAUUUUGUAUCUUUUUAAUUUAUUUUGAUUGCAUAUUUAUUUAUUAUAAAAGGCAGAUGCAACUUGAAAAGGUGGCAUUGUACUGAAGCUGUUGAGAAGGAGAAGCAGAGUGGAACGUUUCAGUUAAACCAAACUCUUAUCUGUGCAGAGAGACAACUCUUAAGAUUUGCACUGAGUCGCAGAGACAGACAGAGAGGGAGGGUGUGUGUGUGAGAGAGAGAGAGAGAGAGAGAGACUCUUGUAACCAAGGACAACCGGUGAAACACUCCACAGCUUGUCACACAGAGAGAGAGAGAGAGGGAAGAAAGGAAGGAAGGAAGGAAGGAAGUGGUUAUACAGGAAUCAGUAAAACAGAGAAAGAAAAUCUCAGUUCUCUCAAUUUUCUACUUGACGUGUCCCUGUUUGGGAAUUCUGAUUUGGAGAACAACACGCCUUGACUGCUGUGAACCAGGUAAAGAGCUUUGAUUGGAGGCGCUCCAUUCCCUUUCAAAUCAACGGACACGUCUUCCUUUAUUUUUUUUGCUUUUUGUUGAACACAAUCUUGCGGAUUUAACCCUUCGCGGCGGCGCUCAGAGGGACAGCAGGCUGCUGGUUUUCAUGAGCUGAAGGAUCGACCAUGGGGAAGUCAAACAGCAAACUGAAACCAGAGGUGGUGGAGGAGCUGACGAGAAAGACCUACUUCACAGAAAAAGAAGUCCAGCAAUGGUACAAGGGCUUCAUCAAGGACUGCCCGAGCGGCCAGCUGGACGCCCCCGGCUUCCAAAAGAUCUACAAGCAGUUUUUCCCAUUCGGAGACCCCACCAAGUUCGCCACAUUCGUCUUCAACGUGUUUGACGAGAACAAGGACGGCCGGAUCGAGUUCUGCGAGUUUAUCCAGGCUCUGUCAGUGACCUCGCGAGGGACUCUGGAUGAGAAGCUCAGGUGGGCGUUCAAGCUGUAUGACCUGGAUAAUGACGGGUACAUUACCAGAGAUGAGAUGCUGCACAUCGUGGAUGCCAUUUAUCAGAUGGUGGGAAACACGGUGGAGCUCCCGGAAGAGGAGAACACGCCGGAGAAGAGGGUUGACCGCAUUUUCGCCAUGAUGGACAAGAACGCGGACGGGAAGCUGACUCUGCAGGAGUUCCAGGAAGGCUCCAAAGCCGACCCCUCCAUUGUUCAGGCCCUCUCGCUCUACGAUGGCUUGGUAUAGUGCCCUCGAGCUGCGCUGCGAUACCUGAGUUUCCCGCUCCAGUGCCAUCACCUCGCUCUCUGAAGAAUCUCGCGUCUCUCUUGCUGCCUUUACCAUGAAGUGGGAUCACAGGGCCUUUGCCAGAGCCGCUCGCCGUCAACCCUUGUGUCAUCGUCACCCAAAUCCCUCUCCGCCGAGCGCAUCUCACCAGCGGGGGAGCAGGGGGGAGGCAACGCUCCUUAGAGAGAACAACACAACCAAGAAAGCUUCAUCUAUUUCAAUUUGAAGUGACUUGUGACGAAAAAACCACGACGAAAGAACGCUGUGCGCAUUUCCAUUCAUCCAGGCUGAACGGCUUUUGGAUUGAGCUGCAUUGACUGUUGUAUUUAUUUUGGGGGGGGUAUGUAAAUAUCCGUUAAGAGUUUUUACAGACAGCAAAGCAAUCGCUAAAGUUUCAUGCAUUUGUGUAGAAUGACAUUCUGUGCCUAUUUUUUUUUUUUUGAUGCAACCUCAGCUGUGUAGAACUCUGCAAAGGAUUUGGGCAACAGGGGGGGGGGAGCCAAACCCCCACCCCCCCCCUUACUGUAACAAACAUUGUGC